UCAAGCUUUCUGCUUCUUUCCUACUCAAUUACGAUUAACAUGAACCCCUUCAAUUUUCUCUCCCUUUUUCUUUCCUUUUCUCUCCUAAUCCCUCUUGCUACUAGUAGUACUACUCCUACUUUGUUGUUUCAGGGAUUUAACUGGGACUCGUGGAAUAAACAAGGAGGAUUAUAUAACUACUUACGGAACUAUGUUGAUGAUUUGGCUAGAGCUGGAGUUACUCAUGUCUGGCUUCCUCCUCCAUCUCAUUCUGUUUCACCUCAAGGAUAUUUGCCUGGAAGAUUAUUUGAUCUGGAUGCAUCUAAAUAUGGAAGCAAGAUGGAAUUGAAGACACUAAUUAGCUGCUUCCGUCAAAAGGGGAUCAAAGCCGUUGCUGACAUAGUGAUAAAUCACAGAACUGCAGAGAGAAAAGAUGGAAGAGGAAUAUACUGCAUGUUUGAAGGAGGAACCCCAGAUGAUCGCCUGGAUUGGGGUCCUUGGGCUAUUUGUAGAGACGAUACUCAAUACUCUGAUGGUUCCGGUAAUCCAGAUACCGGAGAUGGUUAUGCAGCAGCUCCAGACAUCGAUCAUCUGAAUCCAAGAGUACAAAAGGAGUUAAUUGAGUGGAUGAAUUGGCUCAAAACGGAUAUAGGCUUUGAUGGAUGGAGACUUGAUUUUGUUAAAGGAUAUUCUCCUACCAUAACUAAGUUGUAUAUGCAACGAACUAACCCAAGUUUUGCAGUUGGGGAGUUAUGGGACUCCAUUACUUAUCAAAAUGGUGCACCUGGCUAUAACCAAGACGCCCAUAGAAAUGAGUUAGCUCGUUGGGUUCAACAAUCUGGUGGAGGAGUGGUUACCGCCUUUGAUUUCACUACCAAAGGAAUUCUACAGUACGCUGUAAAAGAUCAAUGGUGGAGGAUGAAAGACCCUAGUGGAAGACCUAGUGGACUUAUUGGAAUUGCACCCAAAAAUGCUGUUACUUUCAUUGAUAACCACGAUACUGGAUCAUCUCAGAAACUCUGGGCUUUCCCGCCUGAUAAAGUCAUGCAUGGAUAUGCUUAUAUUCUCACCCAUCCAGGAAUUCCAUCCAUAUUCUAUGACCAUUUCUUUGAAUGGGGGUUGAAGGAGGAAAUUAUAAAGUUAACUUCAGUAAGAACACGAAACGGGAUAUGUGAAACGAGUAAUGUUAAUAUACUUGCAGCUGAUGCGGAUCUAUAUGUAGCAAAGAUUGGUGACAGAAUCAUAGUCAAGAUUGGGUCAAGAUUUGAUACAGGAAAUCUUAUUCCGCCAAAUUACAAACUUGUGAUUUCUGGGAACUGCUACUGUGUAUGGGAGAGGCAAGCCUAGGAUUUUAAGUUUCUCAAAAAUGUUACAUUACUCUAUUCUUUGUUGAAUGAAAUGAAACCUGUAAUAUUCCCAUGA